AUGUUAAGAUGCUUCGACCACAUUUCCUCAUUUCACUCUAAAUCUGAUCACUUUACUUUUUCUAAUGUUCUAGCUGUGGACUCACUUGAUUAUUUUCCACAUUUUGUUCAUCCUGAAACUUGUUCUAAGCACCUAUAUAUUACAACACCCCAGAAGAUGAAAGCACUGAGCGGAUCCUGUCUGCAAAUCCCAUGUAACUUUAGUGUUCACCCAGAGGAGGAAUUAAACAGCAGAAGAGCAACCAUCGGAGUCUGGAUUAAAGAGGACUCCAGGUUUGCAAGAUAUCCAAAGAAUUUGAUUUUCAACAGUAGUCGGACACAUAACAGCUAUCCAAUGAGUAUUACCGGAAACCUGAGACAGAACAACUGCACCACUCUGUUUUCCAGUUUAAUCUCAGAUUACACAAACACAUACUUCUUCAGAAUUGAGAACUCACCACUUCUGGCAACAGCUUCUUGUGAUCCUCUUCACGUAACAGUUCAAGAUUCUCCUCCGAGCCCCACAAUUGAGAUCUCAGGUGAUGUGAAGGAGAACGUGUCUGUCACUAUAAGCUGCUCCGCUGCAACUCCCUGUCCACACGACCCUCCUCAACUCACCUGGACUCAACAAAACCCCGACAACAUAAUAAAGGAAAACGCAGAUCGGACCUUCACAACUAAAAUCCAGAAGACCAUCAUUUUGUCAGACCAACAUGAUGGAUUGAACAUCACCUGCUCUGCCAGUUAUCCUGUGAAUGAAGGGACAGAUCACAAGACAGCAGAGGAGACAAAGACUCUCAAUGUUUCAUAUGCUCCCAAGAACACCUCAACGUCCAUCAGUCCAUCCUCAGGUUGGGCAACAGACAGCAGGGUGAACCUGAGCUGCUCCAGCACAGCCAACCCUCCCGUCAGCAGCUUCACCUGGUUCAAGAAGAGCAACGAUGGAGCCGUCAGAGUGUCUGAAGGAAGAUGUUACAGCUUCAAUGUGACAGGUGGAGGGGUUUAUUACUGUGUGGCCACAAAUGGUCUCGGUAAUCAAACCUCUUCAGACAUCCAGCUCACUGUAGAAGAGGCAGAACAGCCUGAUAGCUCUCCACCAUGGGGAGCACUUGUUGGCGGGAUCAUUGGGAUCAUCUCACUCAUCUGUGUGGUUGUUGCUAUUUGGUGGUUAAAGUCAAAACAUCCAACUUCACAACAGACACAGUGGGAGCAGAUUGAGGGAAGAAACGAGACAGAAAUACAUUUUGCGCAGAGGCUAACAGCUGAAGAGCUAGCUGUUCAAGAAUCAGCAACAGAAACAGAAGAAGACAUCCAUUACGGAGAGAUCGACUUCUCCAAGCGGAGACCUGAACAGCCCUCAGAGCAGGACGGUGCACAGCAGCAGGAAUCUCUGUACGCACAGGUCAAAGUGCCCGAGACAGCAAACCGCUCAACACCGACUGAUGACGAGGCGCUCUACGCCCAAGUGAAGAGGAAAUGAGUAUCGUCUUGUGAUCACAUUUAGGUUGGAUAAAUAAACUUACAUGUUUUACAAUCUAUGUCUUGAUGUAGAAAAAGACACUGGAGCAAGGGCGGGAAAUGUAAUCUUCACUGCCCAGUGAAAAAAAGGGGAACUUCAAACCUCCACAUCCUGCUGCUCAGAUACUUUUGCAAUGUACAGUUAUAACAUAAUCCGUAUGUGUUAACGACCGUAUAUGGUGUGAUACUGUGUGAUGUCCAUAUUAGUACAAAAGCUCUCAAUAGGGAACUUUUGUAAAUAACAUUAGAAUGACUUAAAGUGAACUUUACACCAGAAGUUCUGUACACACAUUAACGGGGAUUGCAUUUUAUUUUGAAAUGUUAGUGUUAUUUUGUUACAUUUUCUUCUGUUUCUUCUGUAUUUUGUAUCUCGCAUUUUAAUUACUUUAAUAAUGAACAUGAGACAGUUUCUGCAUUUGAAGAUAUUUAUUCAUUGCACUGUAAUAAAAACCCUGGCAUACAACUUCUUAAAAUA